AUGGCGCAGUCGGGCUCCGACACGGAGGAGCUCUUUGACGGGUUUGAGCACAGCACGCUCUCAUGGCGCCGGCUCUUCCCACGCCGGGUUGUGCUGGUGCUUACUGGGGUGGGUCUGGUGGCCGCGACACUUCUGUCACAGAGAGGCACUCGCAGCCUCCGCAGCAAGAGGGAAUUUGUCGGCCUCGAUGCCGCAUGCUUGGAGAUGGGCAUGUUCUAUGCCGAUCCCCACAAGAUGGACAACACGGAAAGGACAGUCGAAGCUUCGGCGGAAGCUUGCAAACAGCGAUGUGGAAGCACGCCUGGGUGUGAGCACUUUACCUUUUGGCCAGAUGGCGGCUGCUUGUUGACAGAUGCUUCGUCUACAGCGAAGGCUGCCCCUUAUAUGUACUCCGACACCGUUUCCGGCCCAGUUUCUUGUCAAGAGGAGUCCUCGACAUCUGACACAAAGACAUCUCCGGAUGAGGCAAAAGGCAAUCUUGUAAACACGGUUCAGCCAAUCGUUGCCGCCUUGCCCGGCAUUAACGGUACCUUGUGCUCCUCAUACCCUGCUUGCAUGGCGGUGGGGAUCAGCGAAGGAAGCUGCUGUCCGAACGACGAUAAGGUGUCUUUGGGCUGCUGCAGCGGCUUCCCACCUAAGCUUCCGGAACUGAAGGUUGCAGCUGGGACCGAGUGCAGUGCUUUCCCUGCAUGUGCGAGGAUGAACAUGACAGGCGCCUGCUGCCCCGCAGCAGAUGGUGUCCGGCUGUCUUGCUGCGACGAAAUCACCUCUGUUUAG